AUGGAGGGCGCUCUGUCUGGCCGCCAGGUAAUAAACGAAGGAGAUUCAAGCCUUGCCUCUGAGUUACAGGAAGAGACAGAGGAAAAGCCAAGGCCAGCUGUGGAUGAGAAUAGUACAGUGUCAGCUAGAAAACAGGGACCCCAUUUACAUAACUGGAGUGGUGACUGGAGCUUUUGGCUUUCAAGUUCUACCUAUAAAGACAAGAAUGAGGAAUACAAAAGACAGUUCACACAUCUACCUGAUACAGAGAAGCUGAUAGCAGUUUUUCUUCACAUCUUUUGGUGCCAGGGAUAGAAGUUACCUCAGUAUAUUUAGGUUGUGGCAGAACGUAUUAUUAGAAAAG